AAGUCAUCUACAUUAUAGCAACUCUUCAUCUUUAACUUACAGUCCUUGGUAUGAAUCCUCUGCUACCACAAACAAUGUUCAGACAACAUUGUCUGAACCAAAACCAAAAAUCCUGGCGUGUUCUUGCAGCUUACACUCUUCUGGGUUUCUUGUUUAUCAGCCAAUCAUGUACAUCGAUCAGGGCUGAAGAAAACGUGGCUAGAAACCAUACGUGGCAAGAAGCCUUCCAAUUACUUGGAAUAAGCUGGAAUCCUGACGGCACAUUGCAUAGAAAUAUCACAGUCCCUCUGGUGAAUGCCACCCCUUCUGUUACUGACCCGAUAAACCCUCCUGUAGCGCUCUCGAAGGAUGUUCGGCUUAGCCAUAAUAGCAAAGCCUAUGUCCGCCUCUAUAGACCAAUCAAUCCCCCAGAAGACUCCAAGAUUCCACUCAUUUUCUACUUACAUGGAGGUGAUUUUGUGUUGUUUAGUGCAGCGACAGUUACUUUUCAUAACUUUUGUAAUGAUAUCGCCGCGCAGUUCCCGGCGGUGGUGGUAUCUCUCGAGUACCGGCUGGCCCCCGAACACCGCCUCCCGGCAGCUUAUGAUGAUGCCUUGAAUGCUCUCUUCUGGGUUAAGAACCAAUCACUAGGUAUAGGGGGACGUGAUCCAUGGCUAAACUAUGCUGAUUUUUCGACAGUUUUUCUAUUGGGCAGUAGUGCUGGUGCGAACGCAAUUUACCACCUGGCCCUACGUGCACAGGAUUUUGAUCUUCGACCAUUAAAAAUCCGUGGAAUUCUAUUAAAUCAACCUUUCUUUGGUGGAGUUCAUAGGACUCCAUCGGAGAUUAGACUUAAAGAGGAUACUGUUAUUCCUUUGUUCAUGUGUGACGUAUUGUGGACAUUGGCAUUGCCACUGCACGCUAAUCGCGAUCAUGAAUUUUGUAACCCGAUAACUGGUGGAUCUUACCACGGAAGGGUUCCACGCUUACCGAGGGUCUUUCUGCAAUCAUUCUAUGGUGAUCCCUUGUCCGACCGAACAACCCUGUUAGUAAAGUUGUUGAAGAGCUACAAUGUAACCGUGGUCUAUCAGUAUACUCAAGAUGGUUACCAUGGUAUCGAACUUCAAAACAGGACUGCUGCACAAGAGUUAUACAACCAUAUGAAGCGUUUUAUCUACUCUGCUAAUAUUACUGGUGGUGAUGAAUCUCAUGCUUCUUGCUAAUGGUUCGUGGCCCUCUGGUUUUUUUUUUGCAUCUUGCUCUCGUAGUUGUGUUGAUUUCAAUAAAGUGUAUUUGGGGUUUGAAAUCUUGAAUAAAUUAUGGAUGUUCUGUGUUCAA